AUGGACCGGCCCCGAGGUGCGCGGGACGCAGGGGGCGCGCGCAGCCCGCCCUUCCUACCCGCAACCUCCCUCGCCUCUGCCAGCCCCGCAGGCGCUCCGGGCCUCCAGCUGCGGUCGCCGCUGCUCCAGCUGCGCGUGGCUUCCGGGAACCUCCUCCUCCGCGCCCGCUCCAGGCGGCUAGAGAGGCCCCAGAGCGCCCUGCAGCUGGGUUGCUUCUCGCGUGCCCCUUGUGAUGGGAGGAUUAGGUCGCAGGCUCCACCCUACGUCAUCCUCCCAAGCUUCUCAAGCGUCUGGCGCUUGGGGUCACUGCCCCCAAGGAGGCACCUGGAGGGGGGGAUGGCGUCCACUCUGAUGGGGAAUGAGGGGGAGAAGAAGAGCAGCUGGCCAUCUCAAGCUGCACCCUCCUUGAGAGGAGGUCCGGCUUCGUUGUCUCGUUCUGAGGAAUACCUGUCCCGGAUCAGUACAGAACUCAUGGAGGAGGCUUUGUGCACUGCUUGCUGCCACUUGAACCCUGUGCCCAUCAAAAAAAAGCAGUCACAAGACCAAGCGACUCAGAUAUCCAAACGCGAAACCGUACCUGCAGCAAGGCAUACCUCCUGCCAACUCCUGGUGAAAAGAACAUGCCUCAAAACUACUCUUUUGCCACUCGUUAACCACUUCCGUUUGUGGGGACCUCCUGGUCAUGAGCAGCAGCAUCCCGAAGCCUUCAAAGUGUUCUGGAUUCAUCACAGGACCCUCCAGCCUCAGCCAGCAAGGAUACCACCAGGAAUGAAAGUGCUUUAAUAAAGAGACAGGGUGUGCA